UACGGGUCGGGUUCGGGUAUAAGAAUUUCUAUACCCGACCAUCUCUACUGUUUAUCUCCCGAUUGCCUUCGAAAAAUCAUUCAUUUCAAAUGGACUCCCAACUUAUCUUUUCAUGAAGUAUAGAUGACUAAGGUGCUAUCUAUAUCAUAGAGAAAGAAAAUAGAUCACUACGAUUUUUGCUAUACAUAAAAGGAAUCACGCUCUUAUGUAGCAUAUUGUAACUUCUCUCUCACUAUUACUUUCAAACAAAGCUGCGGCGAUGAAUUUUUUUCUAUUAAAUUGUAAGAUAUUCAAAUGCUUCUAAGUGUUACCAGUUAUAGAGUUUUUUUUCAUCUGAGCAGUAAUUAUUCUGGAAGUCAAUCGUUCUUGGAGAAAUUCUUAUCAGUUUCUCUUUAAACUGCAGUUCGAGCGCUUUGCAUAGCAUAAAUGAGAUAUGUUCUCUUAGUCUUCGAAGAAACAACUAUCUGACAGCAUUCAAGUUUCUGCGCGUGUUGAUAUAAUCAUGUGGUUUUACAGCCUUUUAGUAAUAUUUCAAUUAUUCAGUUUUGGGUAUACCGAAAGUAAAUACAAUGUGACUUAUGCAGAUUUGGACAAAUGCAAACAAUACAACGCAGUAAAUGGUUACAACUACCACGCCUUUUUUAAACUUGAGGAACUGGAAAAUCACAGUUUGGAUAACGAGACCCUCGUUAAUCUGCGUUUAUUCGUUGUUGCGGCCAAGGAUGCCCAUAUCCUCCUAUCGGAUCUCGAUUCGUCUUCCAAUGACGCACAAGUUUAUGAGAUAGUUAUCGGAGCCGGCGCUAACACAUUUAGCGAGAUAAGAAAACAGCGCAAGAAAAAUCCUCUGAAGACCAAAACGACGAAGGGAGUUCUGUCGCCGAUUGAUCCACUACCGCUGCGGAUUCGAAUUACCAAAGAAGGACUAAUUGAGGUCGGAAUCGAAGGACAGUCACUGCCGUUGAUGUCAGCUACCGAUAAAAAUAUUAUUGCAGUUCGCUAUCUUAGCUUCAGCUCAUGGGGCUCUACGCAAGCAAAAUGGUUUUACGACUGUCCCAGUGAUGACGAAACGGAAACCCAGCUAGAGGAAUUUGAUCCGGUGAAAAACAUGACAUCUAUGGCAAAGUUACUUUAUGAGCUGCAAAUGAACGUAUCGUUCGAUCCUCCCAAAUGGUACUCGCCUAUCCAGCUCAAAAAAUUAGUAUUCACACGAGUUGCGUAUCAUUCCUGGAAAAAUACGCUGGAAACCAGAGCUAUCACUCGGUUAUCUUGGUACGAUAAUCGUACCACUUGGGUGCCCCAGGAGCACGGGAAUAUAACCAAGGUGAUCGGUUUUCAGUACCUGAUGUGGACACCUACGUUAGUCGCUAAAGAUGAAGCAGAAUCGGUAACAUUAGAACUAUUGGGAAUCGACCACAUGAGUUUUUCAUACGACGGUAAUUUCGAGUUCAUAUCUCGAGAAAUUUCAACGGAAACUUAUUGUUCACUUCGGGAGUCUCCCGAUUGGCCCUACGAAACGAACGAGUGUGACUUGGUGCUCAGUACCGAAACAAAUCUAUCGCCGUUGAAAAUGACAUCGGAAGCUGUGAGUUUUCACCCCAACAUGAUACAAUCAGACUGGAAUGUGAUGAAAAUCACCAAACACGAGAAUAUCAACAAUAACGAGUUGUUUGCUCUGCAUGAUGGAAGUCCACGACAUGAGACCAUUUUGAGAUUUCACCUGAAGCGAAAUAAUGAAUUUUACGAUACUGUUCUAUAUGCACCAUAUUUCAUGUCAAAUGUAAUGAUCCUGCUUUCAUUUUGGCUGGAAGGAAUGCUCAGAAUUUGGGCCAACGGUUUCGGAAUCAUCAUUCUGAUUGCGUCGUUCCUUCAAAUUUCCGGCUAUGCACCGCAGACAUCCGAUCCUACUAUUUUUAAAUUUUUCCGUUACAGCUUGGUUUGUUCAUGGCUUUGCGUGGCCCUAUUUGUGCUUGAUAAGUGGUUGAGAGUCUGCGGUCCAAGAAUGGCACCGGACUCGUGGUUGGUGCGAUUCAUUAGCUAUCCAUAUUUGAGGGUUUUCCUUCGACUUGACGGUAGCUCUAAUUACGAUAAUCUCCACCGGAAAAAUUUAGAAUGCCGUGAUUUUGCAAAAGUACUUGAUCGAUUCGUUUUUCUUAUAAUGGGAGGAAUUUUUGCUGCUUCUUGUUUCAAGAAGGUCUGAAAAGGAAGAUACAUUGGAUUGAACUAAGGAAUCUUUAUUGAAACCCAAACUGAUCACUUAUUAUGGCUCUUCGAAUUUCAAAUAAUAAAUGAUGUGUUACUUGUGAA